AUGCCUCCCAAGAAGGGCCAACGUAAGUCGAUGCCGGCGCGCAUCAAUAAAGCGCCUACAUUGACACCUUCACGGCGCUCCCCUCGAGUACCUCUCCCAUCAAAAAGUACGAAUGAGAACGUGCAACCCGCCAAAACGUUGGACCUUACAUCCACCUCACCCCAAGACACUUCUAUCAACCUUCGUUUUUACACUCCGAACACACCUGUUCCAAGUAAUCCGUCUGUUCCAAGUCCUAGUCCACGUGGGAAAUCUCCUGAAACACCUUCCUCACGUCGAAGGACCUUUCAGUCUCGUCCGUCACGUCUGUCAAACGUUUACACGCCAACCCUAGAACCCCCGCCCACCAACCCGGGUAGUCGACGAACGAGAAGAACAGCUGCACUUGAAACACCCAAGAAAGAAGCCUCGGACAUUGAUUUCCCAGAAAGCACUGGUAGCGCUAGCUGGACGGUUGACCACUACAUGGGCAGCGUUGAAUCCGAAGGAACAGCUGACGGUCCCUCGAGCCCUAACAGUGCCUCCGACAUGCGGAACUCAUCCCGGGUUCGUAAGCCUACUAUGAGGGCCCUUGAAUCUUUUGAAUCAACUAAGAGGAAACCUCGCCGCAAGAACACGACAGUGUCUACCACCCCGACCGUGGAAACUUCUGCCUCUGCUCCCUCUGCUGUCUCCGUGCCUACCAAGGUUGUGAAAAACAAUGUUUCGAAGCAACCAAUGAGAAAAACCAGAAAGUCAAAGAGAAUGUCCAACUUGAAUAUGCGGAAGAAUGCUGUCUUGAUCGGUUGUGAUAUUGACGUGAAAGUCGCUGGCAAGAUACUAUAUGACUUGACUAUUCAGUCUCUAAGCCCUGACUUUACUCUUCCUUACAAUUUCCCUGCGUUCUUGGAGCAGCAGCGAAGUGAGUACUUCCGACGCCAAGAGGAAGAAAAAUAUGGCGUCGACGUGCCCACCAUCAAGGCGACCUCGCCAAGUGAUGUCGAUCUCGACGUCGAAAUGAUAGGCCAAGAAAUCCCACCGCGUGCAAUUGCUCCUUCUACCACCCCUCCUACUCCUCCCGCUGGAGUUACCAACGGUGAAGUCUCCCACGAUGCAGUCUCCCACGAUGCAGUCUCCCACGACGCAGUCACCAGCGGCUCAAGCAUUCUGGGCUAUAAAAAGCGGUCUGACAGCAAGGUCGACAGCGAUGGCUGGGUUCAAACUGGCUAUGUCAACUCCAGUGGUGAAGAAGUUGCUCUGAUCCCUGAGAAAAGCCACCCCUAUUAUCCACCUCAUACUUACGGCUACGAGGGUCUUCCUUUCCCCCCAGUGCGCGCCAGAACCAGCCAGCAAGCCGAGGCCGAUGCCGCCCACAGCUUCGCUCCACUCAUGGGAGACCGGAAUCUCCCAUUUGAUGCGACAGCCCCGUUCGUCACUGAAAAUGUGGAGGAGGAAAAGGCCAGGGCUCUUGCUCGAACCCCUGUGGCAGCCCCUGCGACCAAGAAGCCACGCGCCCGAAAGCGCCGUCAGACCGCGGCCGCAGAUGCCACCGAUAAGCCCGCCUCACCCGUCCCCACCGCUACUUCCGAGACUGGCGGACGCAAGUCACAGCGUCGCCGUCGCCAGACUGCCCCUGCUCCCAUUGUUCCCUCUUCCACUUCUCCCACCUCUCCUACUUCUCCCCCGACCACUGCGACAAAGGUCCAGUCUUCGGGCCCGGCUGCCGCCGUCGCCCCCGCUGCCACCGAACGCGAUAAACCUAAGGUGCAGCGGCUGCGGCUGACCUUGAAGCCAGCGCCCAAGACUGAGGCCUCUGGGGUUAAAGCAUCUGGUUCCAACCCCGCCGUGCAGUCCCCUUCCUCUCCCGCUCUCUCCCGUGCUCCGUCCUCCGCACAAACCAGCAAGCGCCGCCGCCGCCGGGCCAUGUGA